AUGACGGAACUAGAUUAUCGAGGUGUUGGUCAGGCGGCCUCCACCUCUUAUGGUCGAGAUCAACCGGACUUAAAGCCGUUCCCCUCUGCGGGCAGUACCUCUUCAUCAAUUAGAACGACAGAACCUGUGAAAGAUCAUAGGAGAAGACGCUCUUCCAGUAUAAUUUCACAUGUGGAACCAGAGACCUUUGAAGAUGAAAAUGACCAGCAACUUCUACCGAAUAUGAAUGCUACGUGGGUAGACCAACGUGGGGCUUGGAUUAUUCAUGUAGUCAUUAUCAUACUGCUGAAGCUAUUCUAUAAUUUGUUUCCUGGUGUUACCGCGGAAUGGUCGUGGACUUUGACCAAUAUGACUUAUGUUAUUGGAUCCUAUGUUAUGUUUCACCUAAUUAAAGGUACUCCCUUUGAUUUUAACGGCGGUGCUUAUGACAAUUUGACAAUGUGGGAGCAAAUUGAUGACGAGACUUUAUAUACUCCUUCGAGGAAAUUUUUGAUCAUUGUUCCGAUUGUGCUAUUCUUAGUCAGUACUCAUUAUGCUCAUUAUGGUUUGAAGUUAUUUUCAUGGAAUUGUUUUUUGACAACCUUUGGUGCUAUUGUUCCGAAGUUACCUGUCACUCAUAGAUUGAGAAUUUCCAUCCCUGGUAUCACAGGUCGUGCACAAAUCAGUUGA